AUGCUGACCACUGCUAUAAUAAACCGUGCUUUAUCGAACAUCAGAACCGAACUUGAGUUUAUUACCGAAUCUGAAGUCAUCACUUAUGAACUUUGUAAAAAAAUUCUUGAGAUCAUCCCUCGCUCUUACGCGAAAGAUAUGGAGCCGUGGGGAUUGGAAAAGUUGAACAUUAACAAUAGCAAUAGCGUACCAAGCUAUGGUUCAAACUACUUCCAUGAUGAUCCCUUUGACCAAGAUGAGAGUGGCGAGGCUGAGUUCGAGUUUAAGAACACUCCAGCGAAAAUGAAAGUAGUUAACGUGGAUGUUGGUUCAGAUCUUCGUGCAUCACGUCUUGAGAGAUCUGCUCCGAUAACUCCGCCUUCUCAAAUCUCACAUCACGUACUUGGUGCUCUCUCUCCAGGAGCAGCAGCUGUGGUGCAGCACAAGUCUCCAAUUGGGUACUGUAAGGUACUCAAUGACUACAUUGCUGAGCGACAAGAGGAUAUUUCCAUAUCCAAGGGCGAGAAAAUUGCCAUAGUUGAACAAUUAUCUGGCGAUUGGUACGUAGGGUACAAGAAAAAUGGAUCAGACACCGAUAUGGGAGUGUUUCCUUCAGGUUACGUGAUGCUAAUAACAGAAGAACAGUAUUUGAGGUCAGAACUGGUCUCCCCCACAAUUGGCUCUACACUGACACCUGUGCCUCAAACAACUUUUGAUCCAGCAAUACUUCAAAAUACAGGGAUUAUCGAAAACACCAGUAACUCGGAAGUAAAGGAGAGGCGGCCUUUGACCCCAGAUCCUUCGCCAAGUAUCCAUCAGAAGGAAAUAUUUCCCUUGGAUCUGCCCAUAGGUAAGAAUUCGCCGAUAAAUGGUAAACUGCUGCCGCCUAGACCAUCAGAAAACCCCGAGUCACUUCUGAGAGGCGUUCUGCCCUUGCCAAACAACAAUCCCAAAAACCUUCAGAGAUCAACUCCCCCAACCUCACGAAAUCGUGCUAUACUGAUCAAUUCGCAGCAGAUGGAAAUUAAGAAGGUGCCUGGAUUUCAUAUGGUGCAAACACCUAGCCCCGCCGCCAAAAUUGCUCAACCAGAACAACCAGUAUUCGUAUCCCCAGACCAGCCACUACAAGACCAUCAAAGCAGCGAAAAAAGACUCUCUCAGUAUAUGAAUCAGAGCCAUGUCCAACCAUUCUCUGGACAACAAAUGAGGCAAUACGCCGAACCUACACCUCCCAAGAAAAAAGAGCUGCAUUUCAAAUUGUUUGGAAAGAAAUAG